GACUUAAUUUGCUCCAUCCAUUGCUACUUGUCUGUAAACUGUUUAGGAAUCUGUCAGACGAGGUUUGCAAUGGGGAUAUUUACAAGCAAACAACAGCUGCCAGAGUCUGCUCCAUGCAGCCUCCUCACAGUCAAGAUCAUAAAAAUUAAAAAUCUCCGGAAGGCAGACCUUUUAACACAAUCCGAUUGUUAUGUGACUUUAUGGCUGCCAACUGCUUCACUGAAAAGGACCAAGACCCGGACUGUGCAUGAUUCCAAAGACCCCGUGUGGAAUGAAAGCUUUCACUUCAGGAUUCAGAAUCAAGUCAAGAACGUUCUGGAGUUUAAAGUCUGUGAUGAAGACAAGCACACUGCAGAUGACCACCUUCUCACUGUGUUCUUCGAUGUAUCAAAAAUCAAGCUUGGAGAAACAGUUUGUCUCAAUUUUCAGCUUAAUCCAAAGGGUAAGGAGGAGCUAGAAGUUGAAUUCACUCUAGAGAGCAGUCCUGAUGUUCCAGAAAAGAUUUUUACUAAUGGAGUCUUAGUGUCUCGUGAAGUUGCCUGCUUGGAAGUUCAAGUGGAUAAGGGACGAGUGAAAUCAGAAAGUAAAUUCACCCUUUCUGUGGAUGGGUCCUAUGAAAAAGCUAAAAAUCUCACACUGAGUUCCUGGAUUUGCUCUGCUUCUCCUGCUAAAUUCUACUAUGUUAAAUACAACCAAUCAGAACUGGAUAUUGAACUGCGAAGGGGACUGCUCUGCCCGGGGCCGGAGGGGAAUGAGAAAGCAACACUUCACUUGACCUCACUUCCUGUAGAAAAAAAAGUGACGAUACCACCGAACAAAACCUUUGAUUUGAGUGUGAAAUCGAAAGACUGGACUCAAGGGAUACUAUUUCGAAGGCCAAAAGAAAUUGAUGUGCGUUUGGGAUAUGAUCUGUGCUCAGAUGAAAAUAGUUUCCUCAAGAAAAGGAAGAAAGUGGUUGCUAGUACACUGAAAAAUAUUCUUCAAUUAGGACACAACCUGCAGGAUCAUGAAGUGCCUGUGGUCGCUGUAACAACUACGGGGACUGGAAUGAGAGCUUUGGCAGCUAUGUAUGGCACCCUUUGGGGUCUCCAAAGAAUGAAACUUUUGGACUGUGUUUCAUACAUCACUGGGUCAUCGGGUACAACAUGGACCAUGACAGAUUUGUAUGAAGAUGCUGAUUGGUCAUCUAAAGAUCUUGGAGAGAUAAUCAAGAAUGCUCGGAAGCAAGCGGCCAAAUCCAAAACGAGUGCCUUUUCACUGACUAGCAUGAAAUCUUUCUACAAAGAGCUAUGUCAAAGGAACAUAGCGGGGUAUAAGACGUCCUUUAUUGAUCUUUGGGGACUCAUGAUUGAAGCUAUGCUGAAUGAUGGGAACAACAACCAGAAACUCUCAGAACAACGACAGGCAGUAAAUAGAGGUCAGAAUCCCCUGCCAAUCUAUGUGGCUCUCAACGUUAAGGAUAAUGUCACUACAAAAGAUUUUAGAGAAUGGGUGGAGUUUACACCCUAUGAGGUGGGAUUUCCAAAAUACGGAGGCUUUGUUCGUGCUGAAGAUUUUGGAAGUGAGUUUUUCAUGGGGCACCUAAUGAAGAAACUCCCAGAAUCAAGGAUCUGCUUUAUGCAAGGGAUGUGGAGUAGUAUAUUUUCCAAGAAUCUGUUGGAUGCCUGGAAUGCAGCUGACAAUUCAGAAGAUUUCUGGACAAGAUGGACCCGAGAUACUAUCACUGAAAUUGAUGAAGUGCCUGAUUUGCCAGACAGGCCCCAUGAGAUACCAACACGCAUGAUGACACCUCCAGGAGGCAUUUCUGAAACUCUGAGGGAUAUUUUAACAGAUCGUCCAGCAGUGUCAAAGCAUCACAAUUUCUUACGGGGGUUCCAAAUGCAUAAUGAAUACAUGCAGAAUCCACAUUUUUCUAAAUGGAAAGACACUAUGCUGGAUGAAUCUCCCAAUGAACUAAGAGAUCCUGUAGACCACCUGGAACUGGUAGACAGUGCUUUCUUCUUUGAUACUAGUUGCCCUCCACUUCUGAGACCUGAAAGAAAAGUGGACAUCAUUCUCCACUUCAGUUACACUGGAGGAUCACAAAGCAAGCCUCUGGAACAGGCCUUCAAAUACUUCUCAGAACAAGGAAUCCCAUUCCCCAAAACUCUGCUGGAUGAAGAAGAAAAGAAAAACCUAAAGGAGUGCUAUGUGUUUGAAGAUGCAGACAAUGCAGAAGCCCCCACCGUGAUUUAUUUCCCACUAGUAAAUGAUACCUUCCAACGAUACCUUGCGCCAGGUGUGGAACGUAGUGCUGGUGAAAUGCCUCUGGGCAAUGUUGACCUCUCCAGUCCCUUUUCUCCAUAUUCCAUGAGACAGUUCUCACUGAAGGAUGAAGAUUUCAACAAACUGUUGAAUCUAACAAAUUACAAUGUCCAGAAUAAUGCCACUACUAUCUUACAGGUUUUGCACGAGGUUGUAGAACGGAAAGCACGGGCUCAGGCAUCUCAAAUAUCUAAAUGUAAAGGAAAGGGUGGAGCACACAGAGGAUUUAUAAAACAAAGGCUCAUGAAUUUCGGCCAGUUUGCAAUUGUAUUUCUGGAAGCCUUGUUAUCGAACACUGACAUGGAAGUGCCAAUGUAUCUUUCUCAGACUUGUAACACUGAGACCACAAUGGCACCUUCUGGAGGUGCAAAGGAGAUGGAUGACUCUCCUUGCUAUUUGCUAACUGUGAGAACCAUACAGAUAAAAAAUCUACGAAAGGCAGAUUUAUUUAGUGAAUCCGAUUGCUAUGUCAGCUUGUUUCUGCCAACGGCUUCAUUUGAAAGGGUUCGGACCAAGAGUAUUAAAGACUGUAAGAAUCCCGUAUGGAAUGAAACCUUUUCCUUCAGGAUACAGAGUCAGGUCAAGAAUGUUUUGGAACUGAUGGUUCAUGAUGAAGACAACUGCAUUGGAGAUGACCACCUUUUUACUGUUCUCUUUGAUAUUUAUAAAAUCCAGCUUGGAGAAACUGUUUGCCUCACAUUUCCACUGGAUCCAAAAGUUCAAGAAGAGCUGGAGGUAGAAUUUAGCCUGGCGAGUAUCCCAGUUCGUCAGGAGCAUAUUGUUACUAACGAUGUACUAGUGUCUCGUGAAAUCUCUUGCUUGGAGGUGCAGGUGAAUGAGGGAAAGAUGACAAAGAAAAACACAAGAGAGAAAAACUUAAAAUUCACAGUGAAAGGCUCCUAUGAAGAAACUCAGGAAUAUCUAUUGGACUCUGAAUUGCAUCCAGCGGAUCCUCUUAUGUUCCACUAUAUCAAGUAUAAGGAAUCUGCUUUGGAGCUUGAAGUACCAAAGAAGUCAUGCUUCUCUUUUAGUGGCAAUGCAGAUGAAAAAGCCAGUUUCAUUCUACCUCUGGAUUUACAAGAAACAGAAGAGAAAUUAAUUAUAGACAAGGACAAAAUGAUUGACCUAAAUCUAAAAAUAAAGGACUGGCCAAAAAACUUAGAUGUGCGUUUGGGCUAUGACUUAUGUGUGGACGAAGAUAUCCUCAUACAGAAACGGAAGAAGCUGGCUGCAAUUACACUGCAGAAAGCUCUCCAUUUAAAGAGGGAUUUGCAGGAACAUGAGGUGCCUGUUGUGGCAGUCAUGACAACAGGAGGCAGUGCCAGGGCAUUUACAGCUUUACAUGGCAACCUAUUUGGUCUUCAGAAAUUGGACCUCUUAGAUUGCAUUUCAUAUAUCACUGGAUCCUCUGGCUCCACAUGGACUCUAUCAAAUCUCUACCAACAUGCUAACUGGUCACAACAAGAUCUCUCAGGAGCAAUUGCAGAGGCUCGCAAGAAUAUGACCAAAAGCAAGUGGAACCUCUUUUCUUUAGAAAACCUAAAGGAAUACAGUGAUGCUUUGGAGCAAAGGCAAAAAGAAGGCUACAAAACCUGUAUUACAGAUCUUUGGGGACUACUUAUCGACAAGGGAGUAGGCACUGGGAAAAGCAGCACACUUUCAGAGCAGAAAUAUGCCUUGAGUCAUGGCCAGAACCCUUUGCCUAUAUACAUGGUUCUCAACACCAGAGACAAGUACAGCCUUCCAGAAUUUAAAGAAUGGAUGGAGUUUACUCCCUUUGAGGUUGGAUUACUAAAAUAUGGUGCUUAUAUUCAUUCUGAGAAAUUUGGAAGUAAAUUUUUUAUGGGUCGGAUGAUGAAGAAGGUUCCAGAAUCUCAAAUCUGCUACAUGAAAGGUGUAUGGAGUAAUGUAUUUUCUUAUAACCUGUUGGAUUCCUGGCGAGCACUUGAUGCUUCUGAAGAAAGUUUUUGGCACAAAUACACCCGGGACAGAGUAAAGAAUAUAGAGGAAUGGCCUUCACAACCAUCAAGACCACAAGAGCUGCAUACUCAGCUGGUGAUUCCUGCCCCUAAAUUUCCUACCAUUCUUCGUGAAAUCAUAACAAAACGCAUAACAACUUCAGAAGUUUACAAUUUCUUAAUGGGAUUCCAACUAAGCAAUGAAUACUUAGAUAAUGAGAACUUUUGUAUAUGGAAAGAUACUGUACUGGAUACUUUUCCAAACCAGUUGACAGCAACAUCAGAAUAUCUAACCCUAGCAGAUACUGCAGCCUUCUUAGACAUCAGCUACCCACCACUCUUGAGGCCAGAGAGAAAAGUGGAUGUUAUCAUACAUUUAAAUUAUUCUUCUGGAUCACAAACAACAACUUUAGAUGAAGCCUCCAGAUAUUUCUCAAAGCAAGGUAUCCCAUUUCCUAAAGUAAAUCUGAGUCAUAUUAAGGAUGAAAAUUUGAAGGAGUGCUAUGUCUUUGAAGAUCCUGAGAACCCAAAAGCUCCUAUUGUGGUUUUUUUCCCUCUAAUAAAUGACACCUUCAAAAAAUACAAAGCACCAGGUGUGGAGCGCAGUCCCUCUGAAAUGAAGCAGGGCCAAGUUGAUGUGUCCAGCCCACAGUCUCCAUAUGGGUUACAGUGCUUUCAAUACACAGAAGAGGAUUUUGACAAGCUGGUGGAACUGACCAGUUACAAUAUUCAGAAUAAUAAAUACUUGAUCCUUCAGUCCUUGCAAAGAGCAAUAGAAAGAAAAGGAUAUCAGAUGAAAUGAGUCAUGCAUCAAAACAUGAUUGGUAGAUUAAUGCACACAGGCUGCUAUAUUUAAUUUAUUAAUUAAUAUAUAUUGACUAGCUACCUCAAUUUAAAAGAACUAGCGCAUGUUACUUGUAACCAUGACAUAUUUCACCUCAGUAUAUUAUAUAGAACGUUUCUUGGAGGGUUAAAAACUUUGCAGUGAUCUCUUGAAGGGAUGCUAUAAAGAAUGAUUGGGCUGCAAGUCUCUUAGUACUUAGGACUCACCUAUAUCCUCUCUAAUCACCUGUAUUAUAAUCAUACCCCUGUAGCCAAAGAUUCUGCAUCCAUUGAUUCAAAAAUUCACUGCUUUUUGUUGAAAUGAUGUUGCCAUUUUAUACAAAGGACACUAUUUACUAUGCCACUCUAUAUAUUGGGACUUUAGUAUUCAUCAAUUCUGGAGCGACCUAGAACCAAAUCCUAGUAGAAAUCAAGGGCCCACUAUAAAAUUCUCAAAUAUCGCUUGAAUAAUAAUAAUAAUAAUAAUAAUAAUAAUAAUAUACUGUUAAUGUGCAUUUCUAGAAGAAAUGUUUGAAGGCUGUUAUCUGUAAAGAUCAGGGCAUUUGAUUUGGAAUAAAAGUGUGAAA